AUGAGAGUUGCACUUUUUGCACUUUCAGCGCAGGUUGGUUGCGCUUUGGCGGCCCUUUUAAACGACGCAUAUAGGCCAGAUUUUGAAGAGGUGCGAGAUCAUGAUGCUCUUUCGGCAUCUCUCCACAACGGGAAACAGCUUGGGGCAGGACAUUUGGGGGAGCCUCGGCGUUUGUAUCGCCGCUCAGAUGACGAAUAUGAUGAACUGGAUGCAAGGAUGGACCAUGAAGACGACUUGGAGCUUAGGAUGCAUUUGGAUACGAGCUUUGACAAGGAUGUUGCUUUUGAUGCCGCAGGACUUGAGUCGGGCCACAGCUUG